AACUUUUUCAUUCUCUUAGGAGAUGCGCAGUGCUAAUACACAUUAUCUAGGCUCUCUCCAAACCAAAUACAGAAACUUCUGAACCAAUAUCUUGUGGCCGAUUAUGAGCAGCCUAUCAAUGGUGAAAUCAUGAAAGCUGUGGCAUCUCGUGUCACAGAGAAGAGCGAUGUGCUUCUUCUCACGCCCGUUGAUAUGGAAGACAGUGGUCCGUAUGAGAUCGCGGAGCCACGUGUCAUUACAGCUUUGGAGACAUACACACCAUCAUGGCUCCAAACACCCCGACUAAAGCGGCUGGCUGAAAUUGUGUCGGCUCAAGCGAUGGCUCAGCAGGAAAGGUUGGAGAUGGUGGAAGGUGGCGUAGUGUCUAAUGACUAGCGCUUUGUACAUGAGGAUUAGUGAUGUAUUUAUUUCCUUUAGAAGCCAUGAUGAUGAGUGUCUAUGUCUUAUCACCAAUCUGUCUCUGAAUUGCUCAGC